AUGAAGGGCACAUUGAUCCUCUCUGGUCUUCUGGCCACCACUGUCUCGGCUCACAUGCAGUUGAACAAGCCAUACCCCAUCCGCAGUCCCUUAAACAAGGAUGCCAAGGGCGAGAAGGAUUAUUCUUACACCAACCCUCUCUCCACCUCGGGUAGCGAUUACCCAUGCAAAGGAUAUGCCAAUGAUGCCUUUGAGGCGGUGGAUACAUGGCAACCCGGCUCCACCCAAGAGAUGUCGUUGGAAGGCAGUGCCACCCAUGACGGCGGCUCAUGCCAGCUCUCCCUGACUUAUGACAAGGGUAAGACCUUCAAGGUGAUUGAGUCGAUCGAGGGUGACUGCCCUAUUGCUAAGAAGUACCAAUUUGAUGUCCCCUCGGACGCACCCACCGGUGAUGCUCUGUUCGCUUGGACCUGGUUCAACAAGGUCGGCAACCGCGAGAUGUACAUGAACUGUGCUAUGAUCACAAUUGGUGGUUCCAGCAACCACACCUCUGUCAACUCCGAGGACCGCGUGGCUAAGGAGGCCCCAAAGCAGAAGCUCAAUCAGAAGACCAAUACCCACACUACGAACGCGAAGAGCAACUUCGAUAGUCUCCCUGAUAUCUUCAUUGCCAACGCCAACCAGGCUGGCAAGUGUGUGACCGUCGAGGGCCAGGCCGUUCACUUCCCCAAGCCGGGUCCCAAACUGAUCGGCAAGGCCGAUGGCCCUGGCUACAAGUGCGCCGACCAUGCUCCCUUCCUUGACGACAGCCCUGAGUCCGCGACGAAGCCAUCCAAUACCAGCACCUCUACCUCCGCCACCUCCACUACUUCCACCACCCCCAAGUCCGAGAAAAAGCCUGCUGUCAUCAGCACCUCCUCAUUCACCACGAAGGCGAUUUCCAAGAUCGCCCAGGCCCUCGCCACUCCUUCUGUCGCAGCUGACUCCCGUGUGCAAUCUGCCGAGGACUCAUCGAACAAUGCCGCGGAGGCCUCAUCCAACAACCAGUUCGUCGAUCAUGUCGGUCAAUGGUCUUGCCACUCUGGGGAAAUUCUUUGCUCCCCCGAUGGGUUGACUUUUGCCAUCUGCACUAACGGCAAGCCCAUCUUCAUGGGCUCCGUCGCUGCUGGUACUAUUUGCCGCUGGGGCGCUAUCACUGCGCGCCAGUAA